AGUGGGGUGUUUAAGUUCUCAUUUAAUGCACUGACUAUUAACAUGUCCCAGAUAUCAGUUCGUGUACAAACCUAUCUGGUUUUGGGUGUUAUAAUAGCAUGCUUCUCAAUACUGUAUCCCAAAAUCUUCCAUCCGAUGCUUCUUCAUCUACUGGGUUUUACAAAAAAUAGGCACACAGAAGAGCAUACCAGGUUUGAAAACCUCCGGUUAAAUGGUCAUCAUGCACAAAAACCUAUCAGAGCUUCAGAAGGGAUUGUUCAACAGGAUCAAGGGAAAAGAGGUGGAAUUAUGUCGAUCGUUUUGCCUGUCUAUGCUGUUGGUAUAGUGUUAUAUUUGUUUUACACACUUUCAAAGAUAUUUUCGUCAAAACGCCGAAAAAAUACUGAUAAAAAAGAGGAGUUUCUACGACAAUACUAUCGUGAUUUCCAUUAUGAUGUUGAUCGGGGUAAAUUUCGCAUGGGUCAUGACUCGUCCGAUGAUGACGAUGACACCGCUGAAACAGACACAUUUGGAAAUCCAAAUUUAAAUUUUCUUAGUUCUAGAAAAUCAUCUGGAGAUUCAAACUGCAAACCAUUUGAAUGGGGUUCCGUUUUCAAGGGUUCUUACCCAGAUAUUUAUCGCUCGGCUAAAAGUUUACCCAAAGAUUUGGGAAAAUUGCUUAUGAGGAUGGAACGCCAAGAUUUGGAUACGGAAGAGUUGUCGCGUCUUCGUGUUAGACUCGAGCAAACUGAACAUGAAAUGACACGCAUACUACAAGCAAUGCAAUCUGCAGAAGAUGCUCUACGUGGUUCAAUUGAAGAACAAGAGAUAGAUGAAGGAAUUUUCACUACCAUAUCUGACAGGGAACAGUCUGGAGUAAAUUUGAAUGAAUAUGAAGAUAUGGCAAGUGAAGUGUUAGACAAAGAAAUCACUGAGAAAAAUGAAUCAGAACGCGAUUUUAAUAUCUCACAGUCAAAGGAGAAUUUAGAAAUACCAUAUGAAGAGGUGACGACAUUUGACGACCAUAACAAAGGUUAGCAUUAUAUUUACAAAUCAGUUAUUCAAUGGUAUUUUCCUCAUUACUACUAUUUAUUUUGACUUCUAUUUAUGCGUAAACUCUGACCUUACUAUGCAGAUAGUAAAGUUUCAAUCAGACGGUUAACAGUUCUAGUCUUUCUCUAUUCACCACCCUUCUUAUUCCGAAGUACUUUUGUUUUCUACGUUUGCAUCCGCUCAUGAUUGUCGGGUAGUUUUUCCUACUCCAACUUGGUCAUACAAAAGAACGUAGUAUUUACUUUAUACAACCCAGUGCAAUUAUAAAAUGAUUUCUUUCAAAUGGUCAAUUGGUAAGGAGAGGAAUGCGCAUUCAUAUUUAGUGGUUUAUACACUCAUCAAGCUAAUUGGAAACAAGAUGACUUGUGAGUUCUAUGAACAGAUCCUAAAAUCCCUGAGAAGUAUUGACUUAUGAACAGAUACGUGAAAAUUGUGAAAUAUAGUGGGUGAAAGUAUAGCAAGUUAGGUUUUCACUCCACUGUAAAAUCGCAGUAGUUUAAAGAACGCUGAGUAGAUGAUCUUUUCCGUUCUGAUAAGCUGGAUUUCUAAGACAAUGAUGUGCAUUUAAAUCAUAUUUACUGGCACGGAGGGGUCCACCUAGGGGAGUCGAAAAAUCUGAUUCUAAACCAAUGGUGCUCAUGGGCUCCAGGAUCCUGAUGGAAAAAAUGGCGUAUGAACCAAUCGUUGGUCAUCGACUACCAUGGGACUGCAUUUUCUUACGUCGCUCCACUGCCUUGUGGAUCAGACCUAUAGAUCGAAGGCUCCGGGUGUGGCCCCAUAAGGAAAUCACCUGCCUCGGUCUGGGCACCUGGUCAGUAUCACAGCCCACACACAAAUCAAGUGACUUGUGUAGCGCAUAUGUAUUCGGUGCCCCUUUUUAUCAAUAUUUAUGUGUUAAAAUAAAUAAAUAAGCAGUUUUGAUAUUAUAUCAGACUAGUCGUGUAAGAAAAGCCAAUACAUGCAUGUUUGAAGAUAAUAUGGAAAUCUCCUAGAGAAAUGGAUUUCGUAAUAUCUUAUGCAGGUAAUAGGCUCUUUUAAGCUUGCGAACAUUAAUUUUCUUUAUUCGUACUGUAAACUGCAUUAUUAUGAAGUGGAUAUGUGUGCUAUCUGAUCACCUAAAUAUAUGAUUGCUAGCAUUAUUUCAAUUACAUUCAACCUUAUCUUUUCAUUAUCAUUUGAAAAACUCUUAUAUGAAGUACCAAUCUUACAUAACUUAAUCUGUUUCAUGGUAAAAGUUUCUUAAUUUUCUAACGAAAUCCGUUAUGACGGAGGUUUAGAACGCAUGUACUACUACAAGGUUGAACUCGUGUACUCCUUGGAACAUUUGUUGCCCAUGCUUCCCAGUUAGUGUUCUCAAGGAGAAACUAUCUCACAUUGUCGUGAAUUUUAGUAUCGACCUCUCACAUAUCUUUAAUAGUACUAGAGUCUACUUUGCUUAGUACCAGUUUCCUUUAAAAGUUUCUCCGAUUCUCAUUAUCAAUUCUUAUACAUUAGCCAUCGAAUUUCAACAGGAUUAUUCCUAAGCUCUAUGUUUUAAUAGGCUUGUACGCCUGUGUACUUUUCAAGAUAAUGUAAACAGUAGUUUAUGACUGAUCAAAAGCGAGAAUUUACGUUCGUAAAUCACUUUAUAAGGCUUUUUAUAACUAAAGUACAACCGAAGUUCACUAUGUGAUCAACCUUUCUCGCCCUAUGUAAAUAUAUACUGCCGGUCCCAAGCCCAUGUAAAGGAAGAGAGUUGGGUAUGGCGUCAGCAAUCCCAUCCUGUGGAAAACCUUGUUAAAAACGCUAACCAGAACAAGCAAAUCAAACCAUUUAAACUCUGCCCUGGGAGUUGUAGGAUAUUUAUUCAGAAGAAUUAUGACGCUUCAUAAUGAAAUCCGAGAGUUUUCGGAAUUCACGAGGCCAAUGCCCCUUCUAACAACCAGAGCAAUAGUUAAUACAGGCACAUGGAAUGUUCGAACAAUGUUGGAGACCGGAAGGACCAGUCAAAUGGUUACAGGAAUGAGAAUUCUAUGUUGCCAGUUCUACUCUAUGGAGUUGAAAUUUAGAGAACGACUACAACCAUAAUAAAAAUGUACAAGUAUUUAUAAACAACUGUCUACACAAGAUACUCAAUGUUCGUUCACCGGAUACCAUCAGCAACAACCCACUGUGACAGAGAGUAAACCAGCUUCCAGAUGAAGAGGGAAUUAGGAAAAGAUGUUGGAGGUAGAUAGAAUAUACAUUAUGGAAAUCAUCAAACUGCAUCAUGAGACAAGCAGUAACUUGUAUUACUGAAGGUGAAUGGAAAAGAGGAAGGCCUAGGAACAUAUUGCGUUGGGAAUUGUAAGCAGACAUUAGAAGAAUGAAUAGCAUCUGGAAAGAACCGGAAAGGAUUGCGUAGGACAGAGUUGGAUGGAGAGUGCUGGUGGGUGACCUAUGCUCCAUGAGUUUUAACAGUAGUAAGUAAUACAUGUGUCCUUUCAUUUUCUGGCAAUGAUAAGGUAUAUUCUUUAAUUUUUACUAGGUGAUGUAACUGAAUCAUGCAUUCGCCGUCGUUUAGUUACAUCUAAUUGACUUCGGUCUCCAGCCGUCAUCAUGAUUUGAACACGGAGACUAAUCACCAUGAAUUACAUAAUAAUCUCGCCACAACAAUUAGUAACAAUUCAAACACUUCUGUAUACGGUUCUGAUAAUUUUAUUCAUAACGACCUCUGUGUUUCUAGUUACUUUUGCAUUUAUCUUCGUUUUUGUCACUUUGUAUAUUGUUGUAGUGAGCAAAAUAAGUUUUUUUCCUACUUUUCUUUUUUUAAUUUUCUAUAUUCCUCAAAAUAUUCCUUGGUAGUGUUGCAUUUUUGUCAUUUUUCUCUUGACUGACCAACAAUAUGUGAUAAGCAAUAUUUGAAUUAUAAUAUGGUCUUAUUUGUAUGAGAUAAUUGUGUUUAUCCGUUUGAUGAGUGUGAUGCAUAAUUAUUGUACGCUAGAAAUACAUUCAACCUAC